AGGAAUUGUAAUCAAGCUUGAACUUAUAAAUGCUAAGAAGACUGCUGUCAAGAUGUACAGUGAAAAAGGAGAUACAUUUUGGACUUCAACCCUGAUGUAAGACCCCGAUUUGUGGUGCUAAAGAUGAACUGGGUGUACCUACAAGCCCUGCUUGGUGGGGUAAGCAAAUACUCCACCGUGUUUGGACGUGUCUGGUUAUCUGUGGUCUUCGUCUUCCGUAUCCUGGUGUUUGUGGUGGCUGUGCAGCAAGUCUGGGGUGAUGAAAACAAAGAUUUCAUCUGCAAUACAGCCCAGCCAGGUUGUACUAAUGUCUGCUACGACCAAUAUUUCCCCAUCUCCCACAUCCGUCUAUGGGCUCUCCAGAUAAUUUUUGUCACUUGUCCAUCCCUUAUGGUGGUGGCUCACGUCAAGUAUCGUGAAAUGAAGGAUGAGAGGUUCACCACUUCCCACCAAGGCUCACACCUGUAUGCCAACCCAGGGAGGAAGCGAGGAGGCCUGUGGUAUACAUAUAUAAUUAGCCUAGUGUUCAAAGCAGGCUUCGAUGCUGGCUUCCUCUAUAUUUUGUACAUAAUUUAUGGCUUUGACAUGCCAAGGGUUACCAAAUGCAAUCAGGAUCCUUGUCCAAAUAUAGUGGAUUGCUUCAUCUCCCGUCCUACAGAGAAGAAAAUCUUCACCAUCUUUAUGGUGGUCUCCUCUGCUGUGUGCAUCUUCAUGUGCUUUUGUGAGAUGAUCUACCUAAUUUCAAAGAAAAUUCACAAGUGCUUGCUCAAGCAGCAUGAACUGAAAAAUGUCAAUUCAGCUUAUACGAGGGUAGAUCCAACAGCCUCUUCCACCCAGAACCUCAACAACUUUCAAAAGGCAAAAGCUGCAGAAGUGAAGGCUUCAUAGCAGGCCUGAACACUGAUUGUGGAACUAUCAAGCAUAAUAAACAGUACUAAAACACAUUGAAUAUUGGAAAAUAAAGAUGAUAAUCCACAGUAAUCCACCAUACCAAGCAAUACUGCCUUUAGAAUAGCUUUCAAGGAGAAGACUUCAUGUGAAAAAUAACUUUACUAUGACUAUUUCACGAUCUGUGACAAGGUUUUGAAUAAUGAAUUUCCAUUACUUUCCCAUGACCUUUCCAGUCACUUGUGAUUACGGAAAUAUGGAUUCAAAUCUGAUUUUCCAAAUCAAUUUGUGAACAUUAAAAUGAACUGAUUCCAAAGAAUGAUUCACUUACAUGCACUAUGGCCUGCAAGGAAAUUUCAACAGAAGAGCAAUAUAUAGCCAAUUUUGUGUUUUAGAUAACUAUUUGGUAGAAAUUUACAAUAAGGUUAUAUUUGUUAACGUUAAAUUAUGCAUAAGUUAUCACAAACUAACAAUGAACAAUA